AUGUCUUCGAGGCCGCCACGGCCCACAGACUCCGAGGUGCCGCGCCCGCGAGACCCUGUGGGGAGCUCAGCAGCAGAAGCUCUUUGGAAAACCGCCACGGGGUUUUUGAGAGGCCCUUUGGCGCAGCAAGUGCAGCAGCUAUAUCUCGUCCCUUGCUUCCCGGACGCUGGGCACCUUGUGCGCAAUCGCCGUGUGUACAUCAAAAAUAUGAUGGCAUACGUUCCGGAUUAUGACUUGGGCGCUGUUAUCUGUGGGCUGCUGCGAGCAGCAAUGAACGCUUCCUUUGAGCUCCUCGAAGGCCGCCAACAUACUUUGCAGAACACUGUUUUCUCGGACCCGCGAGUUGGGAAGCUCUUGAGCGCUGCGCCGACUGUCUACUUAGGCAGAGAUUUCAACAAAGCUGCAGUGAAGAGCACGGAAGAGCGCCUGAUGCCCCAGUCCAUAAAACAGGUGUACAAAGACUCAUUCCCCCCUUGCAUGCGCCGCCUCUAUGAGAGCUACAUGGCGGAACAUCACCUGCGCCACGGCGGCCGCAUGCAGCUGUGGCUGUUCUUCAAAGGCGCAGGGAUGACCCUGGAAGAGAACCUGCAGUUCAACAGACAAAUCUGGAGAGAGCCCCAGAAAUUCGACAAGGAGUAA